AUGGCGACAGGACGUGGCGUGUACGUUGCGCUAGCUGACGACACUUUCGCUCAAAUCAGCAAAUAUUUGUACAACAAAUCGUGCGCUCUUGUCGGUUCAUCAUCUCUGCUGCUCAAUCGAUCGUACGGAAGUGACAUCGACAGUCGUGAUCUCGUUGUACGAAUCAAUGAUGCUCCAAUCAGAGGAUAUGAGAAAUAUGUAGGGAGUCGAAUAGCCGAUGUGAUAUUUACCAGUGCAGGUAGAGCGAUGAGCAGAUGUCCAAGGACAGUAAACAAUCGGACAGUAAACAAUCGGACACUAAUCGUUAGAUGCUGGCAUCGCUACAACCGAGCAGGAGUGAAGGAUUGCAAGAAGAGAUUUUCACUUCCAGUCUAUUCCAUAUCCCCAUACCUCACUUCAUUCACUAAAGACGUAUUGAAAGAGUACAAACUAAAGCGUUUCAAGGACAAACGUUAUUCGGCACCUACUUCAGGGGUGUAUGCUACUGUGUUUUGUCUCAACUUUUGUCGAGAACUUCAUCUGUAUGGAUUUGGCUAUACUAAAGGUCAAGCAUACUCAUACUACAGCAAUUUGAAACCUGGAGGAAAAACAAGACACGAUUUUAGAACAGAACGUUUCCUAAUUCACGAUAUAUCAAAUGGUAAUGCAACCCAAAAACUGGAGGACAUUCCAGAGUUUAGCUGUAGGAGAGUGUACCUACAUACAUAGCUAUAGAUUACUAUAUACUGAAUCAUAUGUGAUGGU